UUCUCAGCCAUUUGCCGUGUCUGAGGCAGCACGUCCCUCCAUUCCUAGAACAUCAUUAGAAUGUGAACCUGAACCUGUGAAACUACAAAGGAGCAAAAAAUCCAGAUCUUUGGUACAAACCCUAGCCACUACACUCUCACAAGAGGACAGCUCCGAGACACACAAGGAGAAGGAGUCUGCUGCCAAAUCUCUGGACAGAAGUCCUGGCCCAUGAAAGCCAGUCACACCUUCAUCACGACAAGGAAGAAAAGGCCCAGCUUCCCAGAGCCCUUCCACAAAGCAGAGUCGGCCUGCAUCCGGAGGUGUUUCAACAAAAGCACCAGCAGCCAGUCCGGCCCCCAAAUCCCGUGCCUUAGAGGCGGCAGGUCCGUCAGAUGCAUAUGAUGUUUCAGUGGCUGCUGGACCUUCUGAAGUGGGUGCCAAGUCAAUGGCAGCUGGCCCAUCCAGACCAACCAGUCAGCCAGCUCAAAUGACUUCUGAGAAACCUGCAGCCGCAGUUGCUCCUUCUGAGCCAGGGAGUCGGGGCCAGGAAAGUGCCGCACAUUCACAGACAACAAAUGUGAAAUCCAAGGAGCCUAGCAAGGCACAGAGUAGCAGGCCACAGACAUCUUUAAGCCGCUCCCCAAAGAAGGGGCGCUCCACUUCUUGGAGCCCAUCACGGAAGGAAAAGAAGUCUGGGCUACAAGUCCACAGGACAACAGCAUCAGUAGCAGUGGGGCCUUUUCAACAAGGCUGGAAGACUGUGGGUGUGGGGCCCUCCAUGGUGGUUGGCCUGAUUACAAGCAGGCCCCAGAGCGGAGCACUGGGAACAGAUAAAGAAAGUAAAGAUCUAGCCAAGCAGAUCCAGCCAAGCAGUGCUGCAGGGAAACAGGAACCCCCCAGGAGCCAGAUGUCCAAGAACAAACUGAAAAAGGCUCUGAGUUCAGCUCGACAAAGAAGCAGCCUUACUUUUGUAACCAUCUAUAGUGUCCUGUCCUCAUCUAUGCAGAAACUGAAACUGUCAAAAAGCAGGGAAGAUUCUAAGCAGGUGGCUGUCAAACCUUCCAAACGUGUAACAAUCUCAGGCGUGAUUGGCCCAUCAGGGAAAAGUGUCCCGGAGGAGAAGAAGGAGGAAGAAGAGGCAGGAAAUCCUGAGCUCCACACAGUUGACAAUCUGAGGAUGGAUGCAGGCUCCAGUGCAGCAGCUAUGAUGGGGACAGAUACAGACCGCCCACCCCCACAGUCCCACGCUUCAAUGGGAGAAGGCGCCGCUGAGGCAAAGAGUCCUGCAGUUGGGGGUGGCAACUCAGAAGCAGCUGAAUUCUCAAGGCCAGGCAGCCAGAUCAUUGCCAGGGAGCCUGGUGUGGCAAACGUGACUUCCCAGAAGUCUGACCAGAUCAAGGAUGUGGGACAGCCCAGCACUCCCCGCCUGGAGGAUCAAGAUUAGGGUUGCCAGGU